GCCAAUUUGUGUUCAGAGUAAGCAAGGAGAUGUUCUCAGGCUGAGGUGCAGAGACAGAGUUUCACAACCCUGUUGACGUCUUCACCCUGACUCCGCGGCUCAGACAGAAGCAGCAGUGUUUGACAGCAUGUUCGAAUGCCAGGGAGGACGAGUCCAGUUGCACUACUGUUUGACAGUGCUGUCUGGACUCUUGGAGAGUUUGUUCUUCACAGGGAUUACCUUUGGCUGGGCUUCUUUAGUGUUCGUGUUGAAGAUUGAUGGAUACUUUGCUGGAUACUGCACCAACACCACCAGAGCGGAGGACCAAGAUGUGUCUAUAGAUUGCAGAGGCCAGGAUGAGCACCUUUCUUGGGUCAUGUCUGUGGCUACCAUCGCCAACACAUUAACACGCCUCCCCAUUGGAUAUGUCUUCGACCGUUGUGGAACCACAGUGGCAAGGCUAAUAGCUGUAUGUUUUUACACCACCGGCACUCUACUCAUCACACUGUCAAGGGCAGAGACGUCGGUGUUGCUGUAUCCUGCGACUGCAUGUCUGGUUAUUGCUGGAACAACCCUUUACAUCACCAAUGUCCAGGUGGCGAACCUGUUUGACACCUAUCGCUCCACCAUCAUCAACGUCUACAACGGGGCCUAUGACUCCUCUGCUGCCGUCUUUCUCAUCAUAAAGCUGCUACAUGAAAAAGGAGUGUCUCUUCAUUCGUGUUUUUUCUUCCUCACCUUGUGUAGCAUAUUCCAACUCCUACGUACUUUCUUAUUAAUGCCCAAAGGACAUAUCCCCUACCCCCUGCCGGACACAUACACUUACGGGUUCAGCUGCCCCAGCACAAGAAGAGAAAGAAGAGAGGAGAAAGAGAAUGACAAGGAGGACCAGGAAUUAGAUGUGAAGAGGAAUAAAGAUGAUAAGACAGCAGAGGCUGAGACAUCUGCUUUGCAUCUACUCAAAAAGCCACUGGUUGAGCCCAAGCAAGAGGAAGUUAGUUUCCGUAGCUGUGUGAUGUCCUGGCUCUUCCUGUGGCACCUGCUGUGGGUGGUCACCAGCCUCCUGUGUCAGUUCCUCUACCUGUCCCUCGUCAACCCCAUGCUCACACGGCUGGCCAAUAAUGACCAAACCUUGGUGAGUCACUACACCAAUGUCUUUGCCAUUACCCAGCUUUGCGCAGUGCUGCUUUCACCCUUGAACGGCCUCAUCAUGGACAGACACAAGCACAAGCCUCACAAGCCUUUAACUCAAGGAGAGACAAAGCGAGAAGCAGACCUGAGUUCCCUCCCUCUCUCCCUCUCCCUGAACUCCGUGCAGUGUUUCCUCUUCUGUGUGUGUUUCACCUGUCCUGUCCUCCCCCUGCAGUACCUCACCUUCAUCCUGCAGGUUGUCAACAGCGCCUUCUUUUACGCAGGACACCAAGCCUUUAUCAGCACUGCCUUCCCAAUGCAACAUUUUGGGAAGCUGUCAGGGUUGGUGAUGACAUUAUCAUCUGUGGUGCUGUUUCUCCAGUUUCCAAUUCAAUAUGUCAUCAAACACCAGCUGCAGGGUGAUCCGCUCUAUGUAAAUGUGGGUCUCACCGUGUUGUCUCUGCUCACUUUUAUUCACCCAGUCCACGUCAGCCUCUACUGCAAAAAGCUGGCUAAACAGAGAAAGACCAAAGAGGCAAAUGGUCAUGGGUCUGCAAAGUGUUGACAUUAUCAGGUGCACCAAAUUGUGAAUAUAAAAGGAAGAAUGUGUAUGCAUGGUUUCAUCCACGCAAAAGCACUGUCUUUGCUUGUUUUAGUUUGUUAUGUUGAAAAUUGCACAAAUGUCUGUCAGUAUCUCAGGAAGUUAGUAUUUUUUUAUUUGGCACAAACAUCCAUUUGGAGUCAACCAUUAACUGGCUGGAUAUUUGGUGUAAAAGGUCACUAUGACAUUACAUCUGUCUUAUUAAUCGUUAACAUGACUUUUGUCUUGAGGGAAUAUUCAACAAUUUGGCACAAAAGUUUGACACAAGGAUGAUUUUAUUAGUUGUUUGUGAAACAUGUUUAUUAUCCAUUUUGGUGAUGUGCCAACAUAUAAAACCAUGUCAUAAAUUUAGCUAAAAAUGAG